UUGACGUCAGGAGUGGUUCUUUCCGGUAAUGGUAGCAGCAGCAUGCUGAAGGAGAGACCAACGUGGAUUAACAACAACAACGAUACUCUCUGGAUUUAACUGGUUAUUUACUUUAACAGCCUCAUCUAGUUUGAGGUUUGAGGAUCUUUAAAACCGACCAGUCGAAGAAAACCAUCAGAGAUUGCGCUACACAAUGCCUCAUCGAAAGAAGAAGGCGUUCAUUGAAAAGAAGAAGGCCGUGACCUUUCACCUCGUCCACAGAAGUCAGAGGGACCCGCUGGCUGCAGAUGAGAAAGCGCCGCAGCACGUCCUCCUGCCCGCCGCCAAGGUGGAAUUGGAGAAGAGACGCGAGGAGCAGAGGAACUUUGGCGUUUUCUUUGACGACGACUACGACUACCUGCAGCACCUGAAGGAGGCGUCGGGGCAGACUGAGCUGGUGGCAGUCGGCCCCUCGCACGCCGACAGGCGACCUUUUCACCUCCGCGAUGAAGACGAGGAGGACGAGCAGGAGGAGGAGGGCGACACGAGCAAAGCCCUUCCUGCUGCCUCCAUCAACCUGCCGUCAUCAGUGUUCGCCUCGGAGUUCGAAGAAGAGGUGGGACUCCUGAACAAAGCUGCUCCCAUCUCAGGACCACGACUGGACAUGGACCCCGACAUCGUGGCUGCUCUCGAUGAAGACUUCGACUACGACGACCCCAGCAACAUCCUGGAGGACGACUUCAUCAUCAAAGCGAACAGUGCGGGCGGAGCGGGCGGAGCAGAAGGUGACGAAGACGAAGAUGAUGACGAUGAGUGGGAGGACACAGACGACGAAGGCGACUUCGACUCCGAGGGCGGGUUUUCGGACGACGAGGACGUGGAAGAAGGCGGCCGCGGUCGAGAGUUCCUGUUCAUGGAUGAGGAGACGAAGAGUCGGUUCACAGAGUACUCGCUGUCGUCGUCUGUGAUGAGGAGGAACGAGCAGCUCACCCUGCUGGACGACCGCUUCGAGAAGUUUUACGAGCAGUUUGAUGACGACGAGAUUGGCGCCCUGGACAACGCGGAGCUGGAAGGCUUCAUCGAACCGGACAGCGCUCGUCUGGAGGAAAUUAUCAAAGACUACUUCGUCCAGAAAGAGAAGGAGUCUCUGAGGCCUGACGACUUGGGUCCUAAAGAACUUCCUGUGGUGAAGGAGGAGGAGGAAGAUGAGGAGGAAGAGGAAGAGAUGGAAACUGUUGUCGUGGCUACUCCAGAAGAGAAGUGGGACUGUGAGACCAUCGUCAGUACGUAUUCCAACAUUUACAACAGACCCAAAGUCAUCGAAGACCCACCAAAGCCAAAGCCGAUCCGUGUGUCCACUAAGACGGGGAUCCCUCUGGACGUCCUUCCCGCCAGAGGCCUGACCACCAGGCAGGCGGAGCGCAUGACGAGGAUCAACGACUCGGACCUGCCUCGCGUCUCCACCCAACCCCGCGACAAGCAGGAGAGCAAGGAGGAGAGGAGGGCGAGGAAGCAGGCCAUCAAGGAAGAGCGCAAGGAGAGGAGGGUGGAGAAGAAAGCCAACAAGAUGGCGUUCAGGGAGGAAAAAGCCCGACAGGAGAAGCAGAUGUUGAACCUGAGAACGAACAUUCAGGGUCUGAAGCUUUAGCGGCCGACCGGCAGCUCGCCGCACGCACAGACUGUAAAGACGUCAGCGGUGGACACGCUGCUCUUCACUUCAGUGGAGCUGACAGCACAGCAAACAAACCCGGGCUGACCGGACGCCAAGACGCUUCCAUCACAACAUCAGCUCGACGUCGAGACGCCGAGCGAGGAUGAUCUUUAUCUGCAGUGAAUCGACUCAGGCCAACGGUGUGAAAAGCAGGAAGUCUGAAGGCUGGGAGGAGCCGAGAUGUUUUCAGCGCCGCAAAAAUGUUUUGGUGACGUCUGAUCGUGUUGUUUACUCAUCUUUUUCACAACGUUUGUGCUUAACCACAUUUAAAGGAAAAAUUCACCCAAAAAAAGUAGAACAGAAAAAAUCAGUCAGAGCAAAACUGUUGCAGUUUUUAUGUCCUCAGCUUCUUCAGGUGUUGCAACUCGGUUUAACUGUGAAGGUCUGGUGGAUGAAGACGUUUCACUGACUCUCCAUCAGCAGGCGGAGUGAAGACAUUAUGGCCGCGUUUAUGGGUGAACUGUUCCUUUAAAGGAAGUCUUGUGGGGGAGAGUUAGAUGAAAAGAUUGAAGCCAGAAUGCAAAUGAAAUGAAAAACAUUUUGCAGGAAAUGGUUUACGUUUCUCAUUUGGUUUUGUUGUCUGUGCUAAAACUUAGCCACCAUGUCAGGAUUUCCACCUGAGGUCACAAAAUAAAACUCCAAGCUUG